CGUGUCACCGUGUCACCAUGUCACCACAUCCCCAUGUCACUGUGUCACCAUGUCACCCUGUCACCAUGUCACCAUGUCACCUUGACACCAUGUCACCCCGUCACCCCGUCACCUUGUCACCCUGUCACCGUGUCACCCUGUCACCAUGUCACCGUGUCACCAUGUCACCGUGUCACCAUGUCACCGUGUCACUACGUCACUGUCAUCACUGUCCACGUCACCAUGUCACUGUCACCAUGUCACCGUGCCAUGUCACCCAAUGACCAUGUCACCGUGUCACUGCAUCACGUCACCAUGUCACUAUAUCACCAUGUCACUACGUCACUUUGUACCUAUGUCACCAUGUCACCACGUCACUGUGUCACCAUGUCACUCUGUCACCACAUCACUUUGUCACCGUGUCACCACGUCACCGUGUCACCAUGUCACCACAUCACUCUGUCACCGUGUCACCAUGUCACCGUGUCACCAUGUCACUGUGUCACCACAUACCUAUGUCACCAUGUCACCCCGUCACUAUGUCACCAUGUCACUCUGUCACCCUGUCACUCUGUCACCAUGUCACCAUGUCCCUAUGUCACCAGGUACCUAUGUCCCCACGUCACC